AUGGCUAAUGGCUUCCUUGUCCUCCUCCUCCUUUUCAUAUUCUCUACUUUCGUUACAAAUAUUCAUGCAUGCAACCAAACUGAACGCAGCUCUCUUCAAUCCUUCGCCCUCACCUUGUCUACUUCAACUCCUCUGAAUUGGACUUCCGGUGAUUGCUGCCGUUGGGAGGGCAUCUCUUGUAAUCGGGGUGGUUCGGUCACUCAUUUGAGCUUACCCUCCAAAGGCCUCAAACUCAAAGGAGGUGAUUUCCCUUCUUCGUCACUGGAAAAUCUCACACAUCUAACCCACCUCAACCUCUCCCAUAAUUCACUUGAUGGUUCGAUAGAGCCAAGUAGUGGCUUCUUCUUGUCCUUGAGUCAUCUUGAGGUACUUGAUUUGAGCUAUAACCUUCUUUCCGGAGAGCUACCGCUUUCUCUACCAUCCAUCAAUAUUCAGAUUGUGGAUUUGUCCAACAAUAACUUCCAUGGUGCAAUUCCAUCUUCAUUUUUUCAGCAAGCUAGAAACUUGACUAGUUUCAAUGUGAGCACCAAUACCUUGUUAGGUUCUAUCCCCUCAUCGGUUUGUCUUGAUUCUUCACCCUUCAUUAGGUUAUUGGACUUCUCUUUCAAUAAUUUCAAUGGUAGUAUAUCUCAGGGAAUAGGGGAGUGUUCCCAACUAAAGGUUUUUCGAGCCGGGAACAAUAACCUUUCUGGAUUACUUCCACAAGAUAUCUAUAGUGCUACCACGCUUGAAGAAGUUGCAAUACCUUUCAACUCCAUUUAUGGAGUCAUUAGUGACAGAAUUGUCAACCUCACCAACCUUGCAAUUCUUGAUCUCCACUUCAAUCAAUUGAGUGGCAUGAUCCCCUUCCACAUUGGGAAACUCUCCAAGUUAAAAAACUUGUUCCUCCAAUUCAACAACCUUGAAGGUUCUCUGCCCCCAUCUCUGAUGAAUUGCACUGACCUUAGAGAGUUGAAUCUCGGCAUCAACCAUUUGGAAGGUAAUAUCUCUACCUUCAAUUUCUCAAGACUAAGUAAACUCAGUAUACUUGAUCUAGGUCAGAAUCAGCUCACUGGUAUCUUACCAAGUAGCCUUUACUCAUGCAAGUCUCUUAGAGCGAUUCGACUGAGUAGGAACGAUUUAGAAGGAGAAAUUCAACCUGAGAUUCUAUCUUUGUCAUCGUUGUCCUUCCUCUCGCUUGGUUUCAAUAGGUUGACCAAUAUCUCAAAGGCAAUGAGGAUAUUGGGGCGUUGCAAAAGUCUUGUAUUCAUAUCCUUUGCAUUUGGUUUUCAAGGUGGGGAAUUGCCAGGUGAUCUUGGAGUGACUAAUUUCGAUGGACUCCAAAAUCUUCGGCAUUUGUCUUUAGAUGAUUGUGGCUUCACUGGUCAAAUACCUGCAUGGUUGUCUAAGCUCAAGAAGCUAGAGGUCUUGGAUAUGUCUUAUAAUAGUAUCACUGGUUCCAUUCCUGGUUGGUUGGGGAAUCUUCCAAGGCUCAAGUUUUUGAACUUGGGGGCCAACCUAAUUUCAGGUGACCUUCCAAAGGAACUCUGUAGGCUACCAAUGUGGAUGUUCGAAAACACUACUGCUACUCAAGAAGAUGAUAUUGAGCUUGAAUUGCCCGUCUAUGGAUCGCGAGGUCCUACCUUGUUUGUACAGGUUACCUUGUCUUACUUUCCUCUUGCAAUGGACUUAAAGAGCAAUAACAUUAGUGGGAGCAUACCUAUUGAGAUUGGCCAACUGCAGCUUCUCCGUCAUUUGGAUCUUAGCAACAACAGCUUCACCGGAAACAUCCCGGAGCAGAUAUCUAACCUCAAGAACAUGGAGACAUUGUCACUUUUUAAAAAUCAUUUGUCCGGGAAGAUUCCGUCCUCACUGACGAGGCUCAAUUUUCUGAAAGACUUCAAUGUCUCAUACAAUAACCUUGAAGGCGAAAUACCAACAAGCACUCAGCUCCAGAGCUUUAAUGCCUCGGCAUUUGAGGGGAAUCCGAAACUUUGUGGCGCUCCACUUCCAACUGAGUGUCAACAAGCUGAGGGCAAUGAUUCAAAUAACAAUGAAGAUAGUACGGAGGAUGAGGAUGAAUAUCAGAUUCCAUGGUUGCAUGUUUCUGUUAUUCUUGGGUUCAUUUUAGGAUUUUGGGGUGUUUGUGGCCCUUUGGUGCUUAAGAAGAAGUGGAGGUAUGCAUAUUUUGAAGCCAUAGACAAAGCUCAAAACAGGAUUUAUGUGAUGGUAAUCAGGUCAUUCAGGUGUAUGGCCAAAAUGCAGAGAAGGCUUAAAAGCUAG